CUCACGCACGCAGGCACGAAUAGGCACGCGCGCUUUGAGUUGGAUCCCGGGCCGGGAGUGCGUUCCGCUGAUCAUCUCCAACCCUCCUUUCCAACAAGGCGGAUUGCUUCUGCCUCUGACGACAGUCAGUCACACACACACACACACACACACACACACACACACACACAUACGCACACGCACAAACACAGCGCUGCUCAGAGCGGAGUGGCUGAAGAGAGACCGCAUCAAGGAGCCGUGCGCCCGCCUGCUUACAGAGGAGCCGCGCGUAGGAGUCGCCAACCCGUCUACCUGCCAUCAGCAUUCCUGCCUUUUUUUUUUUUUUGGGUUCCCAGCACAUCGUCGGACGAGUUUGGGGCGCUCAAGUGAGGAGUCCCAUCAUCAUCACCGCCACAACCGUCACCGAGAGAGGAUCGGCUUGUAUUUGGGGAGGGGUGGGGGGGAAUCUUUUUUCAGCUGAAACACACAUUAGAGCUGCGGUCGCUGUGGAGAAAUUCGUUGGAAAUCAGUCGGUCUGCGCUUCCCCUCAGUUUGCUUUAUGAAAGCCGUCUUUUAAAGGCGGGGGAUGGACUUGAGAUAGUGCGUCUCAAUUUGAGUGCUGUUGGCUGGGAGUUGCCGUCGCGGAGAGAUGCGAAAGCAUGCUUGGAAGCUGUGAGUGCUGUCGCAGGUAACCGAUAAGAUGGUGGCCAGGGAAGCGACUGGGCACAGCUACCUGGUGGCUUGCUGGCAGCCCAUUCUGAUCCUGAUGCUGGGCACCGUGCUUUCUGGUUCCACCACAGGUUGUCCGUCCCGCUGUGAGUGUAAUGUUCCAGAGCGCUCAGUGAUGUGCCAUCGUAAGAAGCUCAUGACAGUUCCUGAGGGCAUUCCUGCAGAAACGAGACUGCUGGACCUCAGCAAGAACCGCAUCAGAACGAUUAACCCAGACGAGUUUGCCAACUUCCCUAACCUGGAACACCUGGAGCUCAGUGAAAACACUAUCUCCACAAUUGAACCUGGAGCAUUCAAUAACCUUUAUGGCUUGCGGACAUUGGGGUUGCGUAGCAACAAGCUGAAGCUGAUCCAGCUGGGUGUAUUCACAGGCCUAAGCAAUCUCACGGAGCUGGACAUAAGUGAGAACAAAAUUGUCAUCCUGUUGGACUAUAUGUUCCAGGAUUUGUACAACCUUCGCUCUUUGGAGGUUGGUGAUAAUGAUCUGGUCUUCAUCGCUCAUCGUGCUUUUCAUGGCCUUAACAGCCUUGAGCACCUGAGUCUUGAGAAGUGCAACUUGUCUUCUGUGCCAACAGAAGCUUUUACCCACCUUCACAGUUUGAUCACUCUCAGGCUGCGUCACCUCAACAUCAAUUCCAUACGGGAUUAUUCUUUUAAACGGCUCUAUCGGCUAAAAGUGCUAGAAAUAGCAAAUUGGCCAUACUUGGAUACCAUGACCACCAAUUGUUUGUAUGGAUUAAAUCUCACCUCUCUGACCAUUGCCAACACCAACCUGACCACAAUCCCUUAUGUAGCCCUGCAGCAUCUGGUUUAUUUGCGAUUUCUUAAUCUUUCAUACAAUCCCAUCCAUACCAUAGAGGGAAAUAAAUUGCACGACCUUCUGCGUCUACAGGAGUUUCAUCUAGUUGGAGGGAGACUCGCGAUGAUUGAGCCCUACUCUUUCCGAGGUCUGAACUACCUAAAAAUACUUAAUGUAUCUGGAAACUCUCUCACUACGUUGGAGGAGUCUGCUUUCCAUUCAGUUGGAAACCUAGAAACCCUGGCCUUGUAUGAUAAUCCCCUGGCCUGUGACUGCCGACUCUUGUGGGUUUUUCGAAGGCGAUGGAGACUGAACUUCAACAAGCAGCAGCCAACGUGCGCCUCUCCCGAGUUUGUCCAAGGCAAAGAGUUUAAAGACUUCCCGGAUGUUCUGCAGUCCAACUACUUUACGUGUCGCAAGUCCAGGAUUAAGGAUCGUAAAGCCCAGCAGAAAUUUGUUGAUGAAGGAGCCAUUGUCCAUUUUGCUUGCCAAGCAGAUGGAGAUCCUGCUCCAGUGAUUAUGUGGCGUUCUCCUCAGAAAAGGUUUAUCACCUCCAAAACAAUUGGAAGGCUCUCCGUGUUGCCAGAUGGCACCCUUGAGGUGCGCUAUGCCCAGAUUCAAGAUAACGGUACCUAUGAGUGUAUAGCCAGCAAUGCGGGCGGAAAUGACUCAUCUUUUGCUCACCUACACAUUCAUAGUUAUUCACCGGACUGGCCACACCAACCCAACAAGACUUUUGCUUUCAUAUCAAACCAACCAACUGAGACUGGUGCUAAUGGUACAAAAGCCAAUGUUCCGUUCCCAUUUGACAUAAAGACACUAAUUAUUGCAACCACAAUGGGUUUCAUCUCUUUUCUUGGUGUUGUCCUGUUUUGCCUGGUACUGCUGUUCCUCUGGAGCAGAGGGAAAGGCAACACAAAGCACAACAUCGAGAUCGAGUAUGUGCCACGGAAAUCGGACGCUGGCAUGAGCAGCACCACAGUAGAUGCUCCUCGUAAGUUCAACAUGAAAAUGAUUUAAAAAUGGUGACAUUUAUCAAUUUUGGACAUCAGCACAAGACAAAAUAGAAAAGAAGACAUUUUCUUUUUAUCCCUUGCAAACCUGUGGCUCAUGGCCCAUUAACAUAGAUUAAUGCUUUUUUCUCUAACUGGUGGACUUGGCAGGAGGCCUGUUCCUGACUUAAAACGAGAAAAAAAAAAAAAAAAGAAGAGGGAAUGUAACCACACCCAGUGAUACAGUGGUUUCUACAAAGCCAGAAGGGGCAUUAUUUGAAAGUCAGAUUUGUUAUACAAAGAUCAUAUUCCUCUGGAAAAUAAUUAGGACUAAUAACCCAUAAAAGAAGAAAGAAGCACUCCAAACAGCCAGAAUAUGGGGCCAGAUCAUAUUUGGAUCACUGAUAUUUUCUUUUUUUUCAUUUAAUUUCUUGUUUUCUGUGCAGUCGUAUGAAUGUUAAGUUAAUGAGCCCAUACAUACAAACAGAUCAUAAAAGUGCUUCAUGCAUACAUACCUACAUACAUGCAAGCAGAUUACAUUCCAGUACAUGUUUGUUUAAAAUGGUAAUACGAUUUCCAACAGUCUUUUUCCAUCUUCUUUCUGUAUUUGUGACACAAUGCCGGAGAAUGCUUUGUUGCAAAUAUAAAACAAGAAAUUCUUGAUAACAAAAACUGUAAAAAAAACAACAAAAAAACCAACAAAAAACAAAUUUAAAAUGUGACAGUUGUUAAUCCGAAGCCAAGAAAUUGCAAUGAACGGUGGGAUUUUUAUUUUUAUUAACACCUUGGUUUAUAACAGUGUAAUUGUAUUGCUAUUUCUUUUUAGUGCUGCACACUAAAAACUGCUAAAUCUUAUUUAGAGUAGUUGCGUUUUAGAAGUGCGAUGUUAGCAGAUGGAAAGGAGAAUAAAUUCGGGCACCUAAUUUUCUCUUUUGAAAUUAAUUUAAUUCAUAGAUGGUAAACUUUGAUAGUUCUCUGCAGUCCUUUUUCUUCAAUAUCAUAAGACCCAAACUAAACUGUAAAAAAAAGUAAACUGAACUUUUCAUUGAUAAUUAAUCUAACAAUGGAUGCAACAACUAUUCUGCAGUCAAAAAAAUGACCUUGUUUACCCCUGAGGCGCUCUGGUUGACCCGUAAAUUGUUGGUCCUGGAGACUGAACCUUGUCUCUUAUUGAAGGUCUGGGUGACGUCACCUAAGAGAUUUGAGAGAUGCAUUCCAGUUUAUUUUAUAGUGUUUCUAAUCCAGGUUUUCCUCAUUACAGGUCAGCUGGGUAAAUUAAACAAUUCUGAUAUUGCUGGCAUACCAUUUGUGUCGAUAAUUUUUACGAAAAGCACUCAACUAUGGCUGCAGAAUAGUAUUUUUUGUGCUUUACAUGAUUCCAAGAAAUAAGAAAUACUUUUUUGUGGUGCUCCUGUUUUGGAACACAAUGUGCUCCUGAAGCUGUAGAAUAUUUCUGUCAUUGUUGGUUACUUCUCUGGAGUUUGUUUUUUCUAAUUAUUUGUUUGUUUGUUUGUUGUUUUGUUUUAAUAAUUUGCUGAUUUAGUCAUGAAAGUGCCCCCUUUUUCUCCCAUUAAAGGAAUCAUUACCUUCUGGAUCACUUACAGGUUUGCUUCUCCCCAGAAACGUGCAUUCUGCAUCGUUAGGGAGUGGAAGAACUUGAACAUCUUGUGCUCCCAAGUCAGCACUGCAUAGUAAAUCUAAGGGUUGAAGCCUUAACUUUUUAAGUUACACUAUGGACAGCCGGGCUUCACAAAUGUGUGUCAGGAUAUCUAUGGCUGAUGACAUUACAGAUAAUGUCAUAGUGAUGGCUGGAAGUAAAGACGGGAUAUGCAGAUGGCUUGACUGACACAGAUGGUUUCACCCAUGGAGCAAUCUGAAGCAGCUUUGAUGUAAUCAGUUUUGCAUAAAGGAAAAAAAAAUAACACUGGAUGUGGCUCACGGUUCUCCCUCUUGCUGAAUAUGAAUGCUAUUUGUUCAAAGUGUGGCUACUGUAUCAAGCCUUUUUUUUAGUCCCGGAUGAUCUGGGAUUUCAUUUUUAUUUAAUUUUUUUAUUUUGUUAUUCCUUUCUUUUUCAUUUUGACCCUGGGCUAUAUCAACCAUGUAUAGUCCGAGCCAACUUUUUACAAAAUAAAAAUAUACUAAAAAAGAAGUCUAUGGAAAAUACAUUCAAAUUGUUCUGUGCAAUAAAGGUAAUAUGCAGAUUUUUUUUCAAUUAACAAAAUUUUGUUGAUGUUGAAUUGUUGAGAAUAUGGUAUGUUGUAUUAAACAAUCUAUGGACUUUUUUAAAAA